AUACGUGCAAUACAGAACUGAGAGGGCGCUGGUUUGAAGUUCUCGCGAUACCAGAGUUGAGUGUUUUGGUGACGAGGAGAUAUGGCGAAACUGCAGGAGAGAUCUGGGGAAUGACAUAACGCUAAUGUGCCAGUUUUCCAACGUUGUGGAGGAAAUUUUAAAACUUGAAGAUAGAACUCCCAACAGGAAUACAAGGAUGACGUAACUGUUAUUCUUGUGAAGACUGCACACAUUUCUCUUUUGUUGUGAAUUGCACUUUAUCGGUGUCACCUGCGUUUGAUAGAAGAGUUUACUGGUACCGUACGAUAGAUACAUUUGUAACUCUGGAGGAAAUACAGCCAGGCAAGGCUGUGACUGACAUCCUUACUGUGAGAUGGCAACAUAAACGGAAUCAGAAGAAACAGAUACUGUAAGAAGUGUUUGUGAAGUGAGUGAACUGUGAAGCAUAAAAAAGAAGUCUUCCCCUCGCCCCCUCCGUUCCUGGUUGUUGCAGUGCUACAUGAAUGAAGGUUGUCCGUGCUAUCUCAUCAUCCCACAGCUCCUGAAUUUUAAUCUUCCUUCACACUGAAGAAAUAAAGGGACAUUUAAUACAAUGAAUCUACACCAAGUACUUACAGGAGCUGUCAAUCCAGGAGAUAACUGUUUUGCAGUGGGAAACAUUAAUGACCAGCCUUUCACGGCUUACGCAUCAGGAUGUGACAUUGUGAUUUUAGGUAGCAACUUUGAAAGGCUACAGAUCAUCCCUGGGGCUAAACAUGGAAACAUUCUAGUCGGCUGUGUAGACUGUUCCAUGCAGCAGGGCAAGAUUGCAGCAUCAUAUGGGAACGUAGUUUGCAUCUUUGAGCCUGUGCAACUCUUAAAUCAGAAGAAUACAAAUUCAUCAAGAUUAAACUAUCAAUGGCAGAGGAGUGGCCAAUUUGUAUUGCAGUCUAUAGUGCAUAAUCUAGCAUGGGACCCAACAGGAACACAUCUCCUGACAGGGUCAAAUAGUUUACAGCUCUGGUCCAAUGUUGGCUUAGGAUCAUGUAUCAAAGAAGAGGAAAAACAGGAAAUGACCAUCAACAAUGGCCUUGGUGACUGGAAAUGCAUCUGGCUUUCCAAAACUGCAUCUUCAGUCCAUUUAAUGAAAUUUUCUCCAGAUGGUGAUUUUUUUGCUACAGCUGGAAAGGAUGACUGCCUGGUGAAGGUGUGGUACCAUACCAGCAGCUGGCAGUCUGGAGUGACAUCACUUAAUAGCCCUCCAGAGAAUGCAGCACAGGGAGAAGUGAACUACUCCUUUGUGUACCUGGCCCAUCCGCGCACAGUUACAGGGUUUUCAUGGAGGAAAACAAGUAAAUAUAUGCCACGGGGCUCUGUAUGUAAUGUCCUGGUCACUUGCUGCAAGGAUAGUGUCUGUCGGCUGUGGGCAGAGACAUUGUUGCCCAGUGACAGCUUGUUGUCUGGACAUGGCCACAGCCAAAGUAAUGACCCCGUUCCAGCAACAAGUGGUCUGAAAAGGCAUGCCCCCAACAAACAGCGUGUACAGAAUGCUUUGGAGCUCAACCUUAAGCAGUUCAGGAGAGGGAGGAGAUCUCCUGCCAUUGCUGCUCACACAGGCUAUCUGCCUCACCAACAAGACACCCAUGAGGCCCAUAGGAACAACUCAAGCCUACAUGCAAAUGCACUUUGUCACUUUCACAUAGCUGCUAGCAUCAACCCUGCAACAGACAUUCCGCUGCUUCCCUCCAUAACAUCCAUGAGCCUUGAUGAUGACGAUGAUGAAGACCAAAAUGGGCCCUUUGUAGUGCACUGGCUGAAUAACAAAGAGUUACACUUCACAUUGUCCAUGGAAGUGUUCUUACAGCAGCUACGAAAGAGUCUUGACCAGCAGUCUCCUGAGACCAGCACAGAGGAGACCCAUCAGCCAGAUGAAGAAGCAAUCUACAACAAGGAUGAACAGAAAGGAUCUUCAGGGAAGAGCGACUAUUCGAAUGCUGGCGCCUUGCCUUUACCUGCUGCCGCUAUUGAUCACGAGAUUGAAAUACUGCUUGCGGAGUGGAACAAGAAUGCAGACAUGAUGUUCAGUAUUCAUCCCAUGGAUGGUUCUUUAUUAGUAUGGCAUGUCGACUGGCUUGAUGAGUACCAGCCUGGCAUGUUUCGCCAAGUUCAGGUCUCAUUCGUCUCUAGAAUCCCAGUAGCAUUUCCAACUGGUGAUGCCAAUUCCCUAAGCAGAAGCAUAGUAAUGUACGCCUGCACCAAGAACGUGGACCUUGCUAUUCAGCAGGGCAAACAGAAGCCCCCUGGCAUGAUCCGCUCCUCUUCAAUGUUGAUAUCUUUUGGCAACAAUAAAUCUUCCAGCAGUCUAAAACUCAGUAUCUUCACUCCCAACGUUCUCAUGAUCUCAAAGCAUGCAGAUGGGUCUCUGAACCAGUGGGCUGUCAGCUUUGCAGAGGAGUCUGCCUUUUCUACAGUUCUGAGUGUUUCACACAAAUCUAGAUACUGUGGUCAUCGUUUUCACCUCAAUGAUUUGGCCUGCCACUCGGUGUUACCUUUGCUGCUAACAACGUCCCAUCACAAUGCACUCAGGACCCCAGAGGUGGACAGUAUGAAUGAUAACAAGGGUCUUGACAAUACGAUGCCCCGUGACCCACUUUCAAAGAGGCUUAGCAGAGUAUCUGUGGAUGCAACAUUCCAGGACCCCCAUGCGAUAUACAGUGAGCUGAUCCUUUGGAGAGUGGAUCCAGUUGGACCACUGUCAUUCUCCGGAGGAGUUUCAGAGCUAGCCAGGAUAAACUCACUGCACGUUUCUGCCUUCUCCAAUGUGGCCUGGCUCCCUACAUUGAUCCCUAGCAAUUGUUUAGGUGCUUACAGUAACUCUCCAUCUGCCUGCUUUGUUGCAAGUGAUGGACAUUCACUGAGGUUAUACCAGGCUGUCAUUGAAGCCAAAAAGCUGUUAAGUGAGCUCUCUAACCCAGACAUUUCAAAAUAUGUUGGCGAGGUUUUUAACAUCGUAAGUCAACAAUCAACUGCAAGGCCAGGAUGCAUAAUAGAACUAGAUGCCAUCACAGAUCUUCAUGGGAGAGAAACGCAGCUCCUCCAUGUCUAUGAAGAAGACUUUAUCUUGGGUAAAAAGAUGAAAGGAGAUGGGAUUCAAGAAACUGAGGAAAGCACGCCGUCUGAAACUGGUUCCCAGAAGGGAUUCUCUCAGAAGUUCUACUUGGUAGUUAUUGAAUACACUCAGAGUGGAUGCUCUUUACUACACAUGUGGCACCUGCACCUGAAGUCAGUCCAGAUCACUGCAGAUGACCAACAUGACAAAACUGAGCCUGAAUCUCUCCUGACCCCACAAGAUGGCCAGAAUAGCUUAUCUCCCGAAAAGUCCUCUUCUCCCCUCUCUCAAAAGUACAAGACUAACUUACAUAGUGCCAGCAGGCUAACUCUCAUCUCAGAAAGAGUUUACAGUCAAGAAAUGAAGCUGCCAGAUGGAGUGGAAAUUAUUCGAGCUACACCUUCAGCAGGACACCUGAGUUCCUGUUCCAUACAUCCAACAGGCCUUGCACCCUAUCUUUUGGCCACUUCUUGUUCUGAUGGAAAAGUUCGCUUCUGGAGGUGCAGAGUUGACCCUGAGUCCUUAUUCUCCAAAGCAGAGGACAGUGGACAGUGCAGCUAUACGUACAUUUGGGAAGAGUGGCCACUGCUGAUUGAGGAUGGUUUUCUAAGCAGUAGUACAGUAACUGUGAUGGGAAGACCGAUUGAGGUCAGCUGUUGCAACACAAGCCGCAUAGCAGUGGCAUACAAACAGACGUCCUCUCAGUACUGCGGCAAAGACUUUACAAUGCACGUGGGUAUUUUUGAAUGUGAAUCUACUGGUGGGUCACAGUGGAUCCUUGAACAGACACUUAGCCUUGAUGAACCAAGCACAAUGCUGGACCCCAGAAUAAGCAUUGAUAGUAAUUUAACAGUUUAUAACAAACAAGAUGUGUAUUUGUCAAGUGACAUCCAUGUGAUGCCCAGUGCCAAGCAUCUGAUUAACUUAGACUGGGUUUCAAGAGAAGAUGGAUCACACAUUUUAACAGUGGGGAUUGGCUCCAAACUCCUGAUGUAUGGACAGCUCUCUGGCAAAAUGCCAGAGAAAGGCAGUAAAGAAGGGCCUGCAGCUUCAGCUUUGCCUUUAUGGGAGGGAGCAAAAGACCAUUCUUACUCCAGAUUUGUACUUCUUCGGUCUGUAGAUCUUGUUGCCUCAUUUGAGGGAUCUCUUGCCUUGCCUGUUUCUCUUUCAUGGGUACGAGACGGUAUCCUUGUGGUUGGUAUGGACUGUGAAAUGCACGUUUAUUCUCAGUGGCAACCACCUGCCAAAUCGGAGCUAACAACUACAGAGAUUGACUGUGGUAGCACCACGUCAUUAAUAACUUCAAUAAGACAAGGUCAUGCCAAUGGAGUAAACCAAAAGCCUGCCAAGAAGACUCUGACAAGAUCAAUGACAAGCCUUGCUCAAAAGCUAAGUGGCAAGAAGACCAUGUAUGAUCUUCCUGAUGAGAUGGAAGACAAUGGCCUUUUUGAAGCAGCCCAUGACCUAUUCCCCACUUUACCUCAGUACCACCCUGUUCAGCUGAUGGAGCUGAUGGACUUGGGCAAGGUUCGUAGGGCCAAGGCCAUCCUCUCUCACUUGGUCAAGUGCAUUGCAGGAGAAGUAGUGGCUCUAAAGGACGACAGCACAAAUCAUGAACGGCGCCUCCGGUCUCUGUCAAUCAGUGCCAGCGGCAGUACAGCCAGGGACCCCAAAACAUUUAGCAAAACAGAAAACUCUGAUUACACAGAGAUUGACUCAAUUCCUCCACUCCCACUUUAUGCACUGCUAGCAGCAGAUGAGGAUACUUCUCAUAAGGCAAUAGAUAAGUCCACCAACUCCAUCUUAAGCAAGAAAAACCGUGAAGAAGGUGAUGAUUAUGAUGAGCUGUUCCAGACUCCUAGUCUGGGCACUGAUGACUUUGGACUCCUGGAUACUGAUGAAGAAGAUACAGAUGCAAAGGUCAUUGACCUUUCCCAGUACAGCCCCACCUACUUUGGCCCAGAGCAUGCUCAAGUUCUCUCCAGUCAUCUCUUGCAUUCCAGUCUACCUGGGCUUACUCGAAUGGAGCAGAUGUCUUUAAUGGCUUUGGCUGAUACAAUUGCAACCACCAGUACUGAUGUUGGAGAAAGCAGAUACAAAAGUACAGGUGGUGAGACUCUUGAUGAAUGUGGUCUAAAAUUCAUUUUAGCCAUGCGGCUUCAUACCUUUCUUCUAACAUCUCUGCCCCCUGCCCAUCGAUCCCAGCUUCUUCACUAUGGCUUGUCUACUUGCCACUUUUCCUGGGCCUUCCAUUCUGAGGCAGAGGAGGAGCUGCUCAACAUGCUGCCUGCAAUGCAGAAGGGAAACCCUACUUGGUCAGAGCUGAGAGCUAUGGGAAUAGGCUGGUGGGUACGAAAUACCAACACACUGCGAAGAUGCAUAGAAAAGGUAGCAAAAGCAGCAUUCCAGAGAAAUAAUGAUCCCUUGGAUGCAGCUAUUUAUUAUCUCGCUAUGAAAAAGAAGGCUGUGGUUUGGGGUCUUUACAGGGCUCAGAGGGACUCAAAGAUGACUCCAUUUUUCAACAACAACUUCAGUGAAGACAGGUGGAGGAAGGCAGCACUAAAGAAUGCCUUUGCACUGUUGGGAAAGCAGCGCUUUGAGCACUCUGCAGCUUUCUUCCUUCUGGCUGGUUCCUUAAAGGAUGCAGUUGAGGUUUGCCUUGAGAAAAUGAAUGAUAUUCAGCUGGCUCUGGUGAUAUCAAGGUUGUAUGAGUCUGAAUUUGAGGUGUCCUCCACAUACAAGAAUAUACUGCAGAAACGGAUCUUGGGAUAUGAUUCUCAUGAGAGAACAUUCACCCUCUCCCAGAUGCACCAGGACCCUUUUUUCCGCAGCAUGGCUUACUGGAUACUGGAGGAUUAUAGCAAGGCUCUUGAUACUCUACUGGAGCAACCUGUAAGAGAGGAAGAUGAUGCAGGACCCACUGGUGUUGGUGCCAUGUCCUCCUCUUGUAACCCCAUGGUGUUCAACUUUUACAAUUACUUACGGACCCACCCUCUUCUACUGCGUCGCCAUUUUGCUUCUUCAGAAAAGCCUUCUACCAAGAUGGGGCUAACUGCUGAAAACAGCUUUGCAGAUACAAUCAACUUGGUUGAGAGGAGGUUGUUCUUUACAGCCGCACACGCUCACUUUAAAGCAGGAUGCCCUAUGCUGGCACUAGAGGUCUUGUCUAAGAUGCCAAAGGUGGUCAAGAAAUCCAAACCGCUGCUGAGUAAAGAAAGUUCCACCCUCUCUGAGAGCACCAAAGACUCUUUGCUCUCAGCAGAAAUAAAACAGGAAAAAGACUCUGAUUGUGAUUGGUCUCAGACGGUGGUAAAUGGUUUUGGAUCAGUUUCUCAUUGCUUGACAAAUGGCCAGUCAGAAUCUGUUCUCAGUUUGGAUUGGAGCCAGUCUUCUUUGAUUAUUCAGGAUGAAGCUUUGGCUUUAAAUUGGGACAGUGAUAAGGAACAGGAGACUGAUGACGAAGAAUCUGGCUUGUCCAUGAAAGACAUCAAAACUGAAAAUAACAACAUAAUCAUCAAAGGGGAACUGGACAAUAGUUCUGCCUACACAGAUUCUAGCACAGUUGGUGAGGUUGAUGUUAUAACACCUUCAGAAGACACUAUAGCUGCCCAGUUGAAAUUUAGUGCAUGUCUUAAGAUCCUUACCACAGAGCUCCGAACAUUAUCCACUGGCUACGAGGUUGAUGGCGGUAAGCUUAGGUACCAACUAUACCACUGGUUAGAGAGGGAGGUUGUGGCCUUGCAAAAGGCUUGUGAUUACAACCCUGAUUUGGAGGAUCUUGAAGAAGGGAUAGCUGGAAAUGCUGAUGAAACUGUCACAGAACAGUCAGCAGAGGAUCUUGUUCACCAACAGAGAGCCGUACAGCAAAAGGAGUAUCUUCAAAAAAGGAGACUGUGGCUUCUUAAGAACCAGCCUCUCUUUAGGAUGUUUCUCAGCUACUGCAGUCUCCAUGGGUCUCAUGGUGGAGGGCUUGGAUCAGUCAGAAUGGAAUUAAUUCUGCUUUUACAAGAGUCCCAGCAGGAAAGCGCAACACAAACUGCCCUUAACCCUAUACAUCACCAAACAUCUAUACCUCUACUAUUAGCAUGUACUGCCAGUGCAAAAACAGUUGUUGCCAAUCCUGUAGUAUACCUGACCAACCUCACUCACGACAUACUACAUACGAUAAUAGACCUGGACUCUCCACCACAUCCAGACAUUCAAAAUAACAAGAUCUAUGUAAUGCACACCUUAGCAGCAUCACUUUCUGCCUGUAUCUACCAGUGUCUUUGUAAUAGCCAAAGCUACAGUGCCUCACAUGCAAACCAGUUCACAGGAAUCGUCUACCAGAGCUUUCUGCUGACACAUCAGCAUCCUGUGAGAACAAUGAGUUUGGAUGAGACUGUAACACCCAAUACAUCCCCAGCCCAGUGGCCAGGUAUUGUGGCUCUGAUUCGUCUUCUAAAUUCUUCUGGAGAGGAAGACCAGCCUGGAUUAACUGUUUUGCUUUGUGAGAUUUUAACAGCAGUUUUUCUGAGUCUCUUUGUCCAUGGGCUUGCAACACAUUCCAGCAAUGAGCUCUUUCGCAUUGUAGCCCAUCCACUCAACAGCAAGAUGUGGGCUGCAGUGUUUGGGGGUGGAGCCCGGAUUCCUGUGAAGGAACAGAGCCCGAAAAAGCCUGCUACAGUCACUACUGUUAGUGAUGAAUCGGAGAAGCACCACAAGCGUUUCAAGCUCUUGUCAACAAAAGGGGCAAGCAGAGAAAGUCUACAGAGCCCAACCUCGCCAGUCGUGAACCAGGAAAUGCCUGUUUUCAGAGAGAAAUUCAUUCCGCCUGAACUUAGUAUCUGGGACUUCUUCAUAGCAAAGCCUUUUCUUCCACCAUCGGAAAGCAGGGUGGAGUAUGACUCGGAGGAGAGCCAAGGUAGUGACGACGAAGAUGAUGAAGAAGAAGAAGAUGUUUAUGUUUCAGAAACCCAGCUUCAAGAACAUUCCAAUCCCAACUCAUAUAGCUGGUCACUUAUGCGUUUGGCCAUGGUGCAAAUGGUUCUUUACAACUUGAAGACUUUCUACCCUAUAGCAGGACAUGAUCUUUCAGAGCUGCCAGUUGGCUCCCCACUUUGCCAUUCAAUUCUGAAGACACUGCAGAGGUGGGAGCAAGUGCUUCUUAAGCGGUUGGAGAUUUUUGGUGGCCCACCCUCCAAAUUCAUCUCAUCACACACUCUUGAAGAUACAGUAUCAUCUGGCCCUGCCAUCCUCCGCCACAAAGCACUGUUGGAGCCCACUAACACUCCUUUCCAGUCAAAGCAACGCUCUGCACUCCCGGUGAAAAGGCUUUGGCAAUACCUGGUGAAGCAGGACGAGGUGCAGGAGACCUUCAUUCGAAACAUAUUUACCAAGAAAAGGGGUCAAAAUGAGUUGAUAGAGGACCACAAUGAGAAUGCCAAAAAUACUGUGAUGGAGGAACUUAACAUCAAUAAGAUAGAAGCAGAUCUUGGAUAUCCUGGUGGAAAGGCAAGAAUUAUCCAUAAAGAGUCAGACAUCAUUACAGCAUUUGCUAUUAAUAAGGCUAACCGCAAUUGCAUAGCAAUAGCUUCCACUCAUGACAUUCAGGAGCUGGAUGUGUCUGCAAUCCUCGCAACUCAGAUAUUGACGUGGGUUGACGAUGAGGUGGAAUUGGAAAAUAAAGGCAGUGAGGAUUUCUUGAUGAUUCAUGCACGUGAUGAUUUCAGCUGUAUCCAAGGUACUACCCCAUAUACACACAGCAGUCCUGGAACACCCAUCAAUAUGCCCUGGCUUGGCAGCAUGCAGACUGGCAGAGGAGCAUCUGUGGAAUAUUCAGCUAAAUUAAAUGGGAUCAGAAAGGAUUUGACAAAGAAGGAGAUGAUCAAAAGGAAUAUAAACAAUGCAAGAAGGAUGGCCUCUCAUCCAACAUUACCAUACUAUCUCACAGGUGCACAAGAUGGCAGUGUUCGGAUGUUUGAGUGGGGUCACUCUCAACAGAUCAUUUGCUUUCGACCUCCAGGAAAUUCAAGGGUCACAAGGAUACGGUUUAAUUAUCAGGGUAACAAGUUUGGCAUUGUUGAUGCUGAUGGGUGUUUGAGCUUUUGGCAGACCAACACAAUAGGAAACACACCAAAACCAUAUCUGACCUUGCAGUGUCAUAACAAAACAGCCAAUGACUUUGUUUUUGUGGGUUCAUCCUCCUUAAUAGCAACUGCAGGACAAUCUAGUGAUAACAGAAAUGUAUGUCUGUGGGAUACUCUGGUGACACCAGCCAACAGUCUGGUACACGCGUUUACCUGCCAUGAUAGUGGGGCCACAGUGCUAACCUAUGCUCCAAAGCACCAGUUGUUAAUCUCUGGUGGAAGAAAGGGUUUCAUCUGUGUAUUUGAUCUCCAUCAGAGGCAGCAGAGGCAGAUUUUUCAGGCCCAUGACUCUCCUGUUAAAGCUGUUGCUGUAGAUCCAACAGAGGAGUACUUUAUUACUGGUUCUGCAGAGGGGAGCAUGAAGGUAUGGAGCUUAUCCACCCACAGUCUGAUUCACACUUUCGUCAAUGAGCAUGCUCGGCAGUCCAUCUUUAGAAACAUAGGAACUGGGGUAAUGCAGAUAGAGGCUGGCCUUGCAAACCACAUCUUCUCUUGCGGAGCAGACGGCACAAUGAAGAUGAGGAUUCUGCCAGACCGCUUUAGCACAAUGAAUGGUGUCUGGAAAAAUGAUGUGAAAUGUAUAAUCUAAUUAUGCAUAAUGCUCUCUGUAAUAUAUUAAAGAGAAAUCUGAUCUUCGUAGUAUGCAUACAUGUAAUGUGUUUUAUUAUGUACCAUACACUUGUGCCACAUAAUUAAGAAACAUUUAAAGCUAAAGUUUAGUUUGAAGUAAGGUGUUUUGUCCUUAAAACACUGAUGCCUUAAGAUGAUUGUUAAGGGUACAUUUGAUUAUAAGACUAGUACAGCUCUAAAAAAACAACACAAAACUUGCAAAUAAAAUGUUUUUGCUGCUGACUUUUUAUGUUUAAUGGUGUCAAGGAAUAUGCACAUUGAUUAUAAAUAUAUUUUUAAUUAGAAAGUGUAAAAAUAACUUGUGUAAUAUAUGUACUAUUAUAAGAUUCAGUUUUAUUUGACAGUUUUACAGUCUUACUUUGAAGAACGUACUGAAAUUAUUACACCUUUUGAGCUUGCCAUUUUAAUUUGUAAAAAACAGCCCACAAAAUGCAAUGAUACAAAACUAACAUAAAACAACAUUUGUUUAUUCUUCUAGUCUACGGGUCCAGUUUCCAGAACAGUUUUGUUCACUUCUGGCUGAGAAUAUUCUUUGUUUUGACCUUGUGCUGUUUGAAUGCUUACAGCUAUUUUAUAUAGGGUGUAUAUCAGCCAACUGACAAAGGUGUGUAGAGAAGUAUGUUUGAAUGUUUGGGGAAAUGGAAAAAUAAACCUCCUAUAAGUAUAUAUCUCCUUAUUAGAUACCUAUUAGUAUGUUCAUCAUGAUGGUAGGCAGUCGCAAGAUGAUGUUGAAUGGUUUUUAAAAAUAUUUCAGUCAUGUAUUUGUUUAUUGUUUUGUUUUAAUUUAUUUUCUAACGUGAGACAUUGUAUCAGAAAGCCUGAAGAUUAAGUCCAAGGCCUUUAAACUGACAGGAAAUGACAAUGAUUCUUGAGCACGUUUCUGAGCAAAGUCCAUUGAGAUGAUGUAUUAAAUCUCCACAGCACAUUCAAUAUAAUUCUGAACAGAUAUAUACAGUAUAUAACACUGUAAAACGUCUUUGUCUUGUAUUUCUUAUAUUAGUUUUAAUUAGGAAAGUGACAUUGGUUUUCUGUACAAACAGUCAGCUUGUAAUGUAAGUUUUGGCAAGUGCUACAAGCAAUGAUUUUGCUUUUUGUUUUGUUUAUUGAGAGUUUUGACCAACACAGCUUUCAUUUAGAUUUCUUACUACAUUAGAUAUAUUUUCCUUCAUUUAUUUCAAUAAUUCAUAAUUCAGUGUUGCUAGUAUUUUUUAUGAUCAAAGUGGGCUAUCUUCAGUUUUUAGACCUCGCUAGGGAUUUAUCUUGCCUGUGAUAGGUAUAUAGUAGAGUAGGACAUACUGUACAACUCUAUUUACAGUAUGUCACAAUUUAGACUUGUACUGAAUACAUAUACCUAGAAACCGCUAAUCCAAUUGGGAUGAACCAGUGUAAAAUACAAAGACUAACAACACAUUGAAUAAUUUAAUAGUCACUUUAUUAUACAACAAAUUUAACAUUUUUUUGUCAUUUUGAUAAAUGGAAAUACUUGGUGAGGUUUGUUUUUAUUGAAGGAGUAACUGUUUGAUUUACAAUAUUUAGAAAACAAAGCUACAGGUGUUUAUUAAAUAUGUGAAUGGCUUGCUGCAUUGAAAGUACGUUUUAUGUAAGUAGUCUCAGGCUGUUGCUUUUUUUUUUACUAAAUCAUUUGAGUUAAAUACAUUUUGUAAAUUCAUCACUAGAAUACAAAUUGUAUUUGUAUAUGUAAAGACUACACUAUAAAUGAGGAAAAAGUUUGUACAUGAAUAAUAUAUUGAACCUAGACAAGCAUUUAUUCAAAUGUGUAAGAUAGGGUUACAAUAUUUAAAUGUUGAAAAUGAGUCGUCUGAAAGAAUAAUUCUUGUAGUAAACUGCAUUUAAAAUAGAGAUUGAAGAAUAUUUUGACCUUGUAAAUACAUAACUCUUGAACAGAAUAUAUUUGCUGUGAGCCUGCUUUCUGCAUUCUAAAUAAUGUGUAUAAACAUACAAUAUAGAUCAUUCAAAAGGGGGGGGCGGGGGUGUAGUAUAAAAUAUAAAGUAACUUUGUGCUGAUAUUUACCUUAUGAAAUGCAACUGAUAAUGCUUUUUAAUCACAAGUACGAAUUUUCAUUUUAAAAAGUAUCAUCUUGUAAAUGAUAUUGUAAGUGAUUGGUGUUCAAAAAUCAAGAUCACAUUCAUUUAAAUAAAAAAAAUACAAAAGUUGUUUUACAUUUA